AGGGAAACGUUUAGUUUCAGUUUAAGAUUUUCUUUCUCGUUUACAGAAUUCGGUUUCACCGUUUCAAAUCAAAUUCAGAUUCGAUCUCUACCACCAUUGUCCUCCAUCUCCGAUCUCCAUUGUUGCAGCUCCUUCGGGUUUUGGUUUCGGAAUUGAUUCAGAAGCUGCGAAUAUUUCAGAUAAUUAGUAUAAUUGCUGAACACUGUAGUUAUGGGAAUCAGUAAAACAGAAAUAAACUUGAGGAGGUUGCUUGCAGCUUCUCCUCAACAGCAAAACCAGGCAAAACUUAUACAUUAUGUUGCUACUUUGCGUGAACAAGUGGAACAAUUGGCUGAUGAAAGGACACCGGAAGGCUUACCGAGGAUUUCAAAGGCCACGUUGAAUGAUUAUUCAGAGAAGAUUGAAGCCAUUGCUUCCAAAUUGGUUAACCAUGUGCCUGACCCAGAAGUAUCCGAGAAGGACUUUGAAGGGAAUUUUGUUAAAGAAAACCCUUCUGAAAUUGAGGAAAAAAAGAAGAUACCCCUUUCUUCUGGAUUGAGAAGAAGGCCUGUACCGGCCUCUAGUACUGAAGAUAGAGCACACGAGCCAGCUGAGACUGACCACACACCACAUGUUAAACUGGAUGCUACGGCACAUGCUCACAUUGAAAAGCACAGAAAGCUUCAAGAUGAUUUGACUGAUGAGAUGGUGGUAUUGGCAAAGCAACUCAAAGAGAGUAGUCUCGUGAUGAACCAAUCCCUGAAAAACACUGAAAAGAUACUUGAUUCUACCGAGAAGGCUAUUGAGCAUAGCUUGGCAAGCACCGGUCGAGUCAAUGUGCGAGCAAGCGCAAUCUACUCGGAGAGUUCCAAGACUUCUUGCUUAACUUGGCUUGUCAUGUUUGUGAUGACAUGUGUAUUUGUCAUGGUUAUUCUUCUAAUCCGUGUCACAUAGUGUAGUUUCACUUUGGUAGAAAUAACUUCCAAUGUAGUUGUUACCAUAAUGUAAAUUUUCCUUCCACUCAUUUAAAUUGGAAAAGAUAAAGAAACAAAAGUUUUUUUUUUCUAAGAAAGUGUUAUAUAUGCUCUUUUACAAUAAUUUCUGAUGUAGUUUCGCUGUAAUUUUUUUUAUAAAUCUUUCUAUGUAUUCUCCGCGAAG